UCUCACUACCAGAGUGUGGUGUCGGCGGCAGCGGCUUGUGUUUGGUGUAGAAGUGUUUGUGGUGUUUGUUAGUCCGCCGGUCGGAAGCAUUACACCAUAAAUACUACCGAGAUGACUGGACCGAGCGAGUGCGCAUUGAGGAAUUGCCCCCUGUUGGACAGUCGGUCCGUUUCUUAGCCAUCACAGAGGCAAAGUCUCCUCCUUCACUCCUCACCCUCAUAACAUUGCAGAGAAGUCAUCAAGAACGAUAAUCUAGUUUUAAACUUUUGGGGGAUGAAUCGACCCACGACCAGAAGUUGUUGAAGCGAGGCUUCCUGAUUCUUUGGAAAAGGAGAAUUACAUGUGUUGACAUCUGUGGGGAAUAAACGCACCGCUGCAAGGGCCAAGAUCUCGAUUCCCUUUUUUGUUUUCUGUUCUUGAAACAAAAGAGGGAUAGAGGAGAAGACAAGGAUAGGAACUUGUAAUUAAGAAGAAUUGAAGGGAAAUAAUAACAUUGUUGAAGGAAUUGUUACUGUUACAUUAUUUUUACAGAGGCAAAGAAAUUGUUGACAUUAAUACUGAGAGGAGAAGAUUCCAGAGGCCUAAAGUUUCAAAUAAGUUAGAAAUUAAUUUGGUACGAAGGCGGCAGUGAUUUAAGAGAGUCGAAUAAUUUAAGGUGUCCUAAUUUAUUUUUGUAAUAAGGAAUAAGAACUUGUGAAUUGUUGACCGGUGUCUGUUAGUUAACGAAGGGAGGCUCAGGGUUUGGAGACGAAACUGUGAUAUUAGCCGUAGAGAAAUAGAGAAUCAGAAUGGGCGCAGGACUGUCGAGGACUUGUCGUCUGCAAGCGGUGGAUGGCCGAGGCGUGAAGCUAAAGACUUUGUAAGACGCGAAGGGGCCAGGAACGACCUUGUCUGCGACUGCGCACCAUGGAAGCGAUAACAGCAUCAACUCCGACCGCCUUCUCGAUGGAGGCCUUCUCUCCGGACGUCCUGUGGCUCAUCGUCGUCGGCUUCCUAGUGGCGUUCGUCCUGGCUUUUGGCAUCGGAGCCAACGAUGUUGCCAACUCCUUUGGAACUUCUGUAGGAUCAAAAGUACUUACUGUCAGACAAGCGUGCAUGUUGGCAACAGUGUUCGAAAUUGCAGGAGCUGUCCUGAUUGGUUACAAGGUGUCGGACACGAUGAGGAAAGGCAUCCUGGAAGUGGCCGUGUACGAGCACUCGGAGAAGGAGCUCAUGAUGGGCUGCCUCGCGUCACUAGUGGGCAGUGCCACAUGGCUCAUGGUUGCCACGUUCUUCAAGCUUCCGAUUUCUGGCACUCACAGUAUUGUUGGCGCUACCGUCGGCUUCUCGUUGGUCAGUCGCGGGACCGAAGGCCUCCAUUGGACAACCCUAGGAACCAUUGUGGGGUCCUGGUUUAUCUCACCGGUACUCUCGGGCUUAAUGUCCGUGGUCCUCUUCAAGCUGAUCCGCCAUUUCAUCCUCCUCUCGCCACGCCCCCUGGUGCCCGGCUUACGCGCCCUUCCGUUCUUCUAUGGGAUAACCAUUUUCGUCAAUGUCUUCUCCAUUGUCCACGAUGGACCCAAAUUGCUGUAUUUUGACUACAUUCCAUGGUGGGGGGCACUGAUUAUCAGUGUAGGUGUGGGCCUGAUCUCCAUGAUGCUUGUCCAGUUUGUUCUGGUACCGUAUGAGAAGAAGCGGAUUGUUGAGCUGUUCAGGAAAGAAAAGGGGCGAGGCGUCAGUUUUUCAUUUGGUGAUUCGACAGAAUCUUCACGGGACCCAAGCCCGAAGACUUCUCGAGCCAUUUCAACAGACGAUAUGAAGAAGACGCUGCCGGUUAUAACCGAGACGUGCGAACAGGAGAAACAAGUGUUGGCACUGAGUGACAACAAUGAGAUGGUGCAGUUUCCUCCUGUUGUCUCGACAAAUGGGACGAACAAGGGUGCCAACCACACCUAUUGCUUUCCAAUCCCACAGACAAACAUUGCCACAACGAAGUCAAAUGGCUACCUGCUGGCUGAAACAACUCUCAACUCCUCAAAUAACAAGGACUCUGCCUCUUCCAUUGAUGCUGAGAAUCUGAUAAUGUCCAUGCCUGGAAAUGGCAGUGUGCAGCCACAGAAGCAGCAGCUUCUCCCUGAUCCGCUGCGGCCGGGAAGUGGCCAGGUUACGCCUGUGCUUGGUCUCUCCCCUAAUAGUAGUGCAGUGCCUCUAAUUAAAGAACGUGUAAGAGAUGACAAGUUUGAUCCUGAAGCAGCUGCUUCAAAAAUAGAGGAGGUAGAGAAGGAAGACCCUCCAGAGGUUGCAAAACUGUUUUCCUUCCUGCAGAUCUUGACUGCCACCUUUGGAUCAUUUGCGCAUGGAGGAAAUGAUGUCAGCAAUGCUAUUGGCCCACUGAUAGCGUUGUGGCUGAUCUAUAAGGAGGGCUCUGUGCAGCAGCAGUCAGAGACGCCCGUCUACAUCUUGUUGUACGGGGGCCUCGGCAUCUCCAUUGGGUUGUGGAUGUGGGGCCGCAGGGUGAUUCAGACAAUAGGAGAGGAUCUCACGAAGAUCACAUCUUCCACAGGGUUCACAAUAGAGAUAGGUGCCGCAUUCACAGUCCUGCUGGCCUCAAAAAUUGGCAUUCCCAUCAGCACAACGCACUGCAAGGUUGGAUCUGUAGUGUUUGUGGGCUGGGCCAGUUCUUCCAAACAAGGAGUUGACUGGAAACUCUUCAGGAACAUCAUUUUUGCAUGGGUGGUAACAGUGCCAAUUGCUGCUGGACUCAGCGCUCUCACGAUGGUCAUACUGAGAGCCGUUGCCCUCUAGGCCUGCCUCAGCCUUGGCUGAGAGACUGAAGCAAAGAACUGGCCAAGAACAGAAGAACGUGAUGUAAGAGCAGUGGAAGUGCUGUUAAGAAAACUGAAACUGUCUGUUCAUUGUGAUUAAUCCACACAAUGGACUUUGAAAUAAUUUUGUGAAACGAGGUCUUGCAAGUCACUGUAUGCGCGCUGUUUCUGAUUUUCCACCAACAAGAGUUGUGAACUACAGUAGCCGAGUCGUGCUAUAAAGCCAGCAGCAAAGGGAAAAUACGCGACACUUUCUGUCUGAUAGGAAGUCAUGAACCGCAAGUACAAAGUCUACUUGCAUAUCGAGCAAACAGUAACGAUUUGAGUUUCCUGGUCACCUGACAUGUCAGUCUGCAUUUCGUAGCGCUCACUGCAGUUGUGGCCAGUCGUACCUGCCAUUUUGUAUGACAGCUGUUCAAGAGAGAAAGUUUUUCAUAAGAAGGAAAUGCAGAUGCAAAAUUUCUUACAUUUGCAUGAGGUUAUAGUAAUCUUUUAGUUGCCGUAAGUGAUGUGCCAGUUGUAACCAGGUUUUAAGUCAUGUUCUCGAGGUUUUCUUUCGUUGGUUCAAGUUGUAACAGUAUUUUGGAUUGUGCCCAUACAUAUGUAAUUAGCAAUAUGAAAACAGUGACAGUAACUUGUAUGUUAAAUGUGCAUAUUUUACUACAUGGUCCAGUGGUGUGUACAUAGAGCAGAAAGAUGUGGGGAUAAUUCUGAUGAAUUGGUCCUGUCCUCGCCGUUGUGAAAAAUAAAACAUUAGUUGCUCAUUAUAAGUGUUUGAAUGGUAAUACAGUAAAAUACCUGCACAGCAUCUGUCACAGGAAAAUGGUGGUUCAAUCAUACUGUAUUAAUGUCUAAGUACUGUGUACUUUUCAGCCUAUCUUUGUACAUUUUUAAUUCCUGCCUGCCUUCAGCAUUGCCAGUAUUAUGGCCACGUGAACGCAAGUGACUAGCAAUAUUUAAUGUAUGGUUCUGAAAUUUUAAAGAUGGCUGUCUUCUGGGUUCUGGUAGAAGUUUACUGACAUUUCAGAGGUAUUUGAUAACCUCGCAUCAACAGGGUGGCGAUGGAGGUAGGAAGUACCUCUGAAAAGUCCAUAAACUUCUGCACUAGAACCUAGAACACGGCUCUCCUCAUGCUUGCUGCCGUCAGAACCUGAAAUCUUGAAAUUUUGAUUAUCUUUGAUAUAUCUUUGAAACAUACGUAACCUCUUCUCCUUGUACAAUGUAAAACAAUGGCUGCCAUGCAAAGUCUACAGUUGGAUUUUACUUUGAUAAAGGUAUAAAAUGAAUGGAUGAUUAUUUGCUGAGUAUGUGAGGUGUCGCGGGCUGGAACAUUUAUCCAAGGUACGUGCUUUCUGUCUUAAAAUAGUUGAUAUACGGUAAGUGACGGAUAUUUGGUGCUGUUACCUGAGAUUUCUUGUUGUGCGGAUGUUUUAUUGUAUUAUCGUCGUAACUAUGUGCUCGAAUGUUACGCUAUUUUAGCAAUUUCUUAAAUGUUUAUGAACCAGACCUGGUUUUACUGAAAGAUGAUAUUGAAAUAAUUAAGUACUUAAAAGAAGGACGUCUGGUUAGUGCAGAAAACUGUUUGUUAGUGCUUAAGAAAGAAUUUUUUUAAAUGAAAUGUUGAAGCAUUUGGCCUUACAGUUAUGUAUUAUAUGUCUGUGCAAAAAAAUAUUUACAACCUUGAGUCUCUAUUACUUAUUGUUACAGUAUUUUAAAUAUGUCAAUUGGUCUCCCCAUUCCCAGAAUAAAAUGUGGAAAUUACA